AUGGAUUUGGGAGCAUAUCAAGGCGGAGUUUUGAUUAGGUGGGCUAAUCUUCCACCUGAGCUUCUCUGUGAUGUGAUUAAAAGAUUAGAAGAGAGUGAAAGUACUUGGCCUCAAAGAAAACAUGUGGUGGCUUGUGCUGCUGUUUGUAGAUCUUGGAGAAGCAUGUGUAAAGAAAUUGUCAGAACCCCUGAAUCCUCUGGGAAGCUCACUUUCCCGGUUUCCUUAAAACAGCCGGGACCACGUGACACCACUAUCCAAUGUUUCAUUAAGAGGGACAAAUCCAAUCUGACAUAUCAUCUUUUCCUUUGCCUUACCCCUGCAGCAUUGCUAGUUGAAAAUGGUAAAUUUUUACUAUCUGCUAAAAGAACUCGAAGAACUACUUGCACUGAAUAUGUCAUAUCCAUGGAUGCUGAAAAUAUUUCAAGAUCAAGUAGCACUUAUAUUGGAAAACUCAGAUCUAAUUUUCUUGGAACAAAGUUUAUAAUAUACGACACGCAGCCCCCGCAUUCCAGGGCUUCAAUCCCGCCACCUGGCAGAUCGAGUCGAAGAUUUUACACCAAAAAAGUCUCACCGAAAGUCCCAAACGGAAAUUACAAUAUUGCCCAUAUCAAAUACGAACUCAAUGUACUCGGUACACGGGGUCCACGUAGGAUGCACUGCAUCAUGCACUCGAUACCCACGUCAGCACUCGUGCCAGGUGGCACCGUGCCAGGUCAGCCAGAGGCCCUCCUUCCUCCUCUUUCAAAUUCGAAUUCCUUAUCGGAUUCUUUCCGGAGCAUUUCCUUCUCGAAAUCCCUCGACCGCUCCACCGAUUUCAGCAGCUCCCGGUUUUCCGAAAUCGUCGGUGCCGCCAUGUCGAAUGAUGUUCCGGAUGGUGAAAAGUCGAAAAUGCCCUUGGUGUUGAAGAACAAGGCGCCUAGGUGGCACGAGCAGCUGCAAUGCUGGUGUUUGAAUUUCAAAGGGCGGGUGACGAUUGCUUCUGUGAAAAACUUUCAGUUGAUCGCCGCCCAACCGCCGCCAGUAGUGGCGGCGGCACCACCACCUUCGUCGUCUUCUCAGGCUCAGGCAGGGGGGCAGCCGGAGCAUGAGAAAGUGAUAUUGCAGUUUGGUAAAGUUGGGAAAGAUAUGUUCACCAUGGAUUAUCGGUACCCUUUAUCAGCAUUUCAAGCUUUUGCUAUUUGUUUAAGCAGCUUUGACACCAAAUUAGCUUGUGAAUAGAAUAAAGAACAAAAAAAAAAAAAAUUAACUCUAGGGUUUUCAGAUGAAUGAAUGAAAUGGGUAAAGAAAGGAAAUAGGAAUGAAUGGCUUUCUUUUGUUGUCCAACAGUUGUUAUUGAGAUGUUAUUGUGUUUUUGAAGUAAAAAAAAAGAAAAAAAAACUCUAUUAUAAGCUCAAG